AUGGAUUACAUCCUGAGCGUGCUCGAUAAUCUCAUUCUUGACAAAAUCUGGGCGAGCGUCGUCCCCGCCGCCGUCUUCGACCAGCAGGUACCAUGGAACACGACGAAAUUUCCGGCAGCGAGCUCGGCCAGUGCGACAUGGCUCUCCAUGGUCUCACACCUUCCACAUCCAUCUCCCGACGAGUUUCUGGUAAAAAAUGCUGAAGCACCAAUGUACCAGACGCCUUCGUUCCUCGCCCAGUUCGAGUCUCCCCCACUUGUCCCCUCUGCAUGGCCGCGGUCAUAUAUUCCGCGCCAACUAAUCUCCAUAUCAAUUAUUACACUUAUUGGAAUCCAUAUUCUGUAUUUCUUAUUCGCCACCCUCUCGUACUACUUCAUCUUCGACCACCGCAUGAUGAAGCACCCGCGGUUCCUCAAGAACCAAGUUCGACUAGAAAUUAUGUCGAGCUUGAAAGCAUUCCCAGGAAUUACCCUGCUCACACUGCCCUUCUUCCAAGCGGAGGUCAUGGGCUAUUCGAGAUUGUAUGACGACCCGGAAAAAUAUGGAUGGACCUACCUUGUCCUCUCAGUACCACUUUUCCUUUUGGUCACCGACUAUUGCAUUUACUGGAUUCACCGGUGGCUGCACCAUCCGAUCCUGUACAAGCGUCUCCACAAGCCCCACCACAAAUGGAUCAUUCCGACACCAUUCGCAUCGCAUGCUUUCCAUUUCGUGGAUGGAUACGCCCAAUCAUUCCCUUACCACAUGUUCAUCAUGAUAUUCCCUCUUCACCGGGCGGUUUAUCUCGUCCUCUUUGUUCUCGUCAACUUUUGGAGUAUCUUUAUCCAUGAUUCUGAUAUGAUCACUGGUCAUGCACUAGAAAACAUUAUCAACGGUCCAGCGCACCACACUCUUCACCACCUGUACUUUACAUGUAACUAUGGACAGGCGAGUUUCAUUCUCUACUACUUUACAUGGGCAGAUAAAGCCGGUGGCUCUUAUCGAAAACCGGAAUCAGAGCAUGAUCCUCUAAUAGAGAUUCUCGCGGCCGAAAAAGAAAAGGAAAAGGAAAAACUGGGCAAGGCCCAGUAA